UUAACCUUUUUCAUUAUAAAAAACAAAGAAAAUAAAAAAGAAAAGAAAAGGGAAGAAAAACUUAUUCAACCAAAAAUGGGGAAGGGGAAGAACGCGGAAAAUACGGACGGUGGCAUGCCGAUGCCACUUCCACUUCCGCCGCUUCUCCGAACCCUUAUUUCAUCCCUUUUCAACACCGCCGCCGAUAACAACAAUUCCUUCCUCUCAUUAUCUUUCAAUUACAAACUCUUCCAAACCCUUCGUUUCAUAAUCCUCACUUUUUACCUUUUUCUCCUUCGUUUCAUUCCUUCUUUCUUCUUCUUCGAAAAUUACGAAAACGCCGUCUCUAAGCUCAAUUUCAGCCCUAAUAAAUACUCACACGAUAAAAGAAACGACACCGCAAUUGGUCGCGCUCUUUCUCAGCUUCUUUCUGCGUUAAACGAUAUUCCUGUUAGUUCCAGAAAAUACGAAGUUGUUCGAUCGUUAACGGAGAAGAUUAUCGAUGAUAAUCACAACGACGGUGUUCAUUCGUUGCGUGAGGUUAAUCGCGUUGCGCUUGCAGCGGCGUUUGGGAGGGCGUUGAGGCAGCUUGAAGGGAAGGUGUCGGAGUGUGGAGAGGGAGAGGUUGAAGGUGAAGGAGAGGGAGGAGAGUAUUAUUAUAGGACGGUGAGGCGUGGGAUACGGAAGGUGGUGAGGGUAGUUGGAUGGAGGGUUAGGGGAGGUGAGGGAAGUUUGUGCGGUGUUCCGGCAGAGAAAUUGGCGGCGGAAUUGGUUUGGAUGGUUAAGAAGAUGGUGAACUGUGGUUGCACCGAUGAAGCGCUUCGGAGAUGGGCCGGUGCUUCUAAUUUGGGCUUCCUUGCUCUUUCUGCUGACCCUCGUUUGCAGGCUUCGCUUGUCAAACUUGCAGCAUUCCUUUUCAAAGAAGUUAAAGACAUGGGCGUAGAUGAAAUUGAGGAAAGCAAGAUGAAGCAAUGCUUGCAAGUAAAGUUAAAGAUGUUACAGACAUGGCUGCCAUUGUUAUGCAGAGCCAGUAAUGGCACUGAUGCCCCGGCAUUGAGCAUCAAUGAGAGGGCUGAGCUAGAGAGAGUGUUGGAAGGCAUUAUAGAGGGGUUAGAACAAGAGAAGCAGGAACAGGUUCUUUCUCUUUGGCUCCACCAUUUUACACAUUGUUCAUCCUCUGACUGGCCAAACCUCCAUUCAUGCUUUGCUCGCUGGUGCUGUACAUCUCGCAAGCAGUUGCUGCUUUUGAACGAUCAUUGAUAUUUUAUACACUUUGCAAUUCAUGCAGAAGCAAUCAAUUACAGUUAUCCAACUACAGCUCUAGUUUUCAAAAGUUCAAUAACCAUUCCACUUAAAUGUCUUGAAUAAUGUAAAAAAGAUAAAUGGGCAACAAGUAUUAUUAUCAUGGGAAUAGAUAGAGAAUAUGUAGAUAUUAAUUGUAUCUUUAAACCGUUACACCAUUGAUAAAUUCGGUAGUAUUGCUUCUUAUCGAGCCACUGUGUUGGUAAUGCCUGUUUAAUAUGGUUGAUGUGGCCUCUCUAUUUAUGAAGGGUACAAUUUCUCUUAAAUUUAUCAGAUCACAAUUCUA